CAAGUAUGACCACACUCGAUAAGUUUUCAAAUGCAACCCUGUGUAUACGCAAAGAUGGAGUCGAAAAUUUAUAAUGGCGACAAAUCUGUGAAAAUCUUGUAAAUAAUCAUAAAAAUUGCAUUGUCCCCAAAAAUGCAAAUGCAAUAACGUGAAACGUGAGUGUAAAAUAAAUGCUACGUAAAAUUGGUUGAACCUGUGCUGUUUUCGCACAGUAACAAGUGCCUCGCGUGUGUGUCUGCGGCGGCAAAAAACCCAAAUACGAGCAGCAUAAGCGUGGCAAUUAUCUGAAUAAAUUAAGCAAAACACAAACACAGAAACGCACAAAGUGUGUGCAAAACAACGAACAAAACAAACCGAAGCAAACGAACGGGACGGGAGAAGACAAGCGGAGCGGGAAUAAGAUAACUCGCCUGUAGAGGAGUGCUGAGCACACAGGACUGCAAAGUGGCGUCGCUACUGAAGAUUAGGGCUGGGGCAGCAGCGGCGUCCAUGUCCAAGGGGCGGCACAACAAUAACCACUAUUGCACCACUACCAGGAGAGCGCAGCAACAGCAGCAGCCGGUGUGGUGUCGCCAACUGUGGCCUUAAGCAUGUAGUCUUGAAGCAAGAACCCGUUCUCUUACCAAGCACAAGAUACGAGGGAGAAGAAGUAAAUCAAAACAGCAGAAACACACAAAACCAACUCGACACCAAUGAAAAAUGUCACAAAGAGGUAAGCGCGGUAAUCAACAUCAUCAUCAGUCGCAUCAUCCGCCGCCGCAGCAGCAACAGCGUAAGGAUGUUGAGCCGCAGCCGCCCCCCACCAAACGGCGUAAAGGUAGACCGCCCAAUGGGGCAACAACAGCAGCGGCAGCAAUAGCAGCAGCAGCGGCAGCAGCAGCAGCAGCGGCAGCGGGAACAGCAACAGGAGGAGAUCGAGUUCCAGUUAUACCAUCGAGUAACAGCAAAAAUGAGGUGGAACAGGAGCUGGAUAUUGGUGGAGGAGGAAGUGGACUACUUGGAGCCGCCAGCAGCAGCAGCAGCAUUACCAAAUCCAAGUCAACGAAGCUGGCCAAGUCGUCUAGUAAAAGCAAGUCGCAGGGGGCGAGUACGAGCAGCUCCUGGCAGGCACGGUCCGUGGCAGACAUUAAAAUGUCGAGCAUCUACAAUCGCAGCUCAACGGAGGCCCCAGCUGAACUUUACCGCAAGGAUCUCAUUAGCGCAAUGAAAUUGCCAGACUCGGAGCCAUUGGCCAACUAUGAGUAUUUAGUUGUUGCGGAUCAAUGGAAGCAGGAGUGGGAGAAGGGCGUACAAGUACCUGUCAACCCCGACUCUCUUCCCGAGCCAUGCGUUUACGUUCUGCCCGAGCCAAUUGUGUCCCCAGCCCACGACUUUAAGCUUCCGAAAAAUCGCUAUCUGCGCAUUACCAAAGACGAGCACUAUUCGCCGGAGCUGCAUUGCCUGACGAAUGUCGUUGCCUUGGCGGAGAACACCUGUGCCUACGACAUAGAUCCCAUUGACGAGGCCUGGCUGCGUCUCUACAAUAGCGAUCGUGCCCAAUGCGGUGCUUUCCACAUAAACGAGACGCAGUUCGAGCGCGUCAUUGAGGAGCUGGAGGUUCGUUGCUGGGAGCAGAUUCAGGUCAUUCUUAAGCAAGAGGAAGGCUUGGGCAUCGAGUUCGAUGAGAACGUCAUCUGCGAUGUUUGCCGGUCCCCCGACUCCGAGGAGGCCAACGAAAUGGUAUUCUGUGAUAAUUGCAAUAUCUGUGUGCAUCAGGCUUGUUACGGCAUUACAGCAAUCCCAUCAGGUCAAUGGCUAUGUCGCACCUGCUCCAUGGGCAUAACGCCUGACUGCGUGCUCUGUCCGAACAAGGCUGGUGCCAUGAAGUCCAACAAAUCGGGCAAGCACUGGGCACACGUCUCCUGCGCCCUGUGGAUACCAGAAGUCAGCAUUGGAUGUGUGGAUCGCAUGGAGCCCAUAACAAAAAUCUCAAGCAUUCCUCAAUCGCGUUGGUCUCUGGUCUGCGUGCUCUGCCGCAAGCGCGUGGGCAGCUGCAUCCAGUGCUCGGUGAAGCCCUGCAAAACAGCCUACCAUGUGACCUGCGCAUUCCAGCACGGCUUGGAGAUGCGGGCCAUCAUCGAAGAGGGCAAUGCCGAAGAUGGCGUCAAGUUGCGUUCCUAUUGCCAGAAGCACAGCAUGAGCAAGGGCAAGAAGGAGAACGCUGGCGGUGCAAGUGGGGGAGGCAGUGCCUCGGUCACGAGUUCCAUGCACAAAGCGAACAAGUACGCCACGGGCACAGGCGACGGAGCAAACGAGGGCAGCAGUGCGUGCGGCAAGACAGGAGAGGAUCAACGCAGGCGUAAGAAUCAUCGAAAGAACGACAUGACCUCCGAGGAGCGUAACCAGGCAAGAGCUCAGCGUCUACAGGAGGUGGAGGCGGAGUUCGACAAGCAUGUGAACAUCAAUGACAUCAGCUGUCAUCUGUUCGAUGUGGACGACGAUGCCAUUGUGGCCAUAUACAAUUACUGGAAGCUGAAGCGGAAGUCGCGCCACAAUCGGGAGCUGAUACCGCCCAAGUCCGAGGACGUGGAGAUGAUAGCCCGCAAGCAGGAGCAGCAGGACUUGGAGAACCACAAGCUGGUGGUUCACUUGCGGCAGGAUCUGGAGCGAGUUCGCAAUCUCUGCUACAUGGUUAGCCGGAGGGAGAAGCUUUCGCGCUCCCUCUUCAAGCUACGCGAGCAGGUCUUCUACAAGCAGCUGGGAGUGCUCGACGAGACGCGCCUGGACAAGCAGCAGCAGAAGCAGGACGAUAAGCAGCGUCCCGCCUUGGACAUGGACGCUGUCAUCUAUGCCAACGAUGGGCCCACGUUGUACGAUCGCUUCUACAGCUCGGCAGGAGGACAAACUGUGCCGGCACAGUACCAGAAUCUGGAGUACGUCCUCGAGCAGCUCAUGGGCAAGCUACAGAGUGGCAAGCAGGGGCGUGGACGUGCCUCCCAGUCCCCCAACAAGCGUAAGCAGGUGGCCAAAGCUUCCCCCACCAAGAAGCUCAACAAUGGCGCCAUUACCUCCCGCACAUCUUCUCCAGAGAAGCCGGCAGCGAUGGGCAAGGUGCCAUCCACAUCCACCUCCACCGCCACCGCUACCACCGCUGCCAAAGUGCGGGGUGCGCCGCCUGGGAAGCCUCCUGCAGGGAGGCGUGCCUCGAAGAGCGGCGCGGCGACGGGGACGUCGACCCACAAUAAAACCCAAUCGCAAUCGCAAUCGCAUUCCCACAUCCGGAGCAGUGCGUCCUCCCAUACGUCAAGCGGCAGUUCAUCAUCGGGUGAUUCCAGCUCGCCGAACGGCACCAGCAGCUCCGACAGUUCCUCUGCAAGCGAUUCGGGCAGUGAGAGCGGAAGCUCAAGCGCGGCCAGCGGAAUCUCAAGGCGAAAAUCCACCACAGGGAGUCCUCUCAAAAAGCAAAGCUACGCCCGCUCCGUGGAGCAGCGACAGAAGCAGCGCCAGCGGCGUCAGAGUGAGGCGGCUGCGGGUGCGUCUGCGGCGUCUCCGAACUCAAGAUCUGCCACCAGCUCCAGCGAAGAUGACGAUGAGCAGCAGAGGCGGCGGCAGGAGCCGGAGCAUGAGCGAGAGCGAGACGGCCGCGGACGUGGAGCAAUAUACAACAAAACAGUACCUAACAGAACCCAGCCAACUAAGUCAAAGCAGAGCACUCAAGCAGAUGCAGGAUCAGGCGCAGGAACAGGAACAGGAGCCGCAGUCGAAACGGGUGCGAAAAGAAAACUGUCUACUAACACACGAGGACUGGCUCAGAUGCACAAAGAUGCCGAGGAGAGCUUGUCGAGCGAUGAAAGUGAAGAGCUGCUGCCUCUGAAGAACGAACGGCAACGCGAGGCCGCCUUAUCGUCGGGACUGGCGGCGUCUGGCCCGACCACCGGAGGCCGCAAGAUGGGGCAACACAUUUACUCCGACUCUGAGAGUAGCUCCUCCUCCAACGAGAAGGAGCAGGAAGAAAUAACCGCUGUCGAGAGCAACGUCAGCGACUCGCAGAACCAGCAGACGAUACGAACGAAGGCGGCCAUGAAGGAGUUUGUGCCAGGGACAGCUGCGACAACGACUCAAUCAGCCUCGAGUGCCACAGCCGCUGCCAGCAAAUUCACAAAAUCCACAAAGGAGGCAAAAGAAGGAGCCAGCAGUUGCAAGGCGAACUCCAACGCCAAGUUGCCAUAUCCAGCGGAUCUUCUGGUGGUUCCACAGCGCCAGGCGGCCAAGAAGGCAUCCGAAAACAUGCGCUCCACGAAUCUCGCCGCAACGCUGCAGCCAGAUGCCGCGGAUAGAAUGCGGGAGCCGGAAAGCCACCCGGCCACCACGAUUGCCAAGAACAAGCUGAAGGACUCUGGCUCGAAGCAAGCGACGGAGGCGGACAAAUUCGGAAGUGGAGACAAGGUGCGAUCCAAAGAGCAGUCCAAGUCCACGGCGAAGUCGGCUGGAGAAGCGAUAGUGGAACGUGGAAAGCGUGGCAGACCGCCCAAGGUGCCGAGAGAGCCCCCUGCCCCCUCCACCAGCAGCACCGAAAAAGAGAAACCACCUCCGCCUGCCGAAGCAAAGUCCACUGCUCCUGCCGCAAAGCCUACCGCGGCCAAGACCAGUUUUGCUGUCUCCUAUGUGCCGCAGCGUCAGGCAGCCAAGAAGGCGGCGGAACAGCUGAAAAGCAGCAAGCCCCUGCAGGACACCACCUUCUCCACUGCGAACGAGUCUGCAGAGAAGGAGCCAGCGGCGACGACAGCGACAACGACGGGGAUGACUACGUUAGGAGUAGCCACGAGUUCGCCGGCAAAGCCCUCGAGAAGAACUUCGCUGAAGGAAGCACCGAACACUCCAAAGGAAAGUUCUGCUAACCGAAGAAAGUCCAAGGAGGAGGCGGCAGCGGCAGCGAAAACGACAACACCGAUCAAGCGUCGGAUUGCGGCACCCAAUCUGUCCAGCUCCAGUUCCGGGGACAGUGAUAGCUCCAGUUCCUCCAGCAGCUCGGGCAGCAGCUCGAGCAGUGGCAGUGGCAGUGACUCCGAUAGCGACUCGCAGGCCAGCGAUGCAGAGAAACCAAGGCAAGCAGGCAAGGAGCCAGCUCCAAGCGCUGCUGCACCGUGCAGUACCGUGUCCUCCAAUGUGCCAAAGCGUUCACCGCGCAAAUCUGUGGACAAGCCUGCAGCAUCGGCAGCAGCCGCAGCAGCAGCCGCCGCAACUCCCGCGCCGCCCCCGCCUCCACAGCCUCUAACUGCAAGGACACGUCAGAACUCCACCAACAAAUCGCCAAAGAGAGUACCCCAAAAGUCAGUGGCAACUGUUGACAUUCAGGACGAUGCCCAAAGCGCCCCCAAAACGCACUCCCAUCGACGUCAAUCCUCUCCAGACGAGGGAUCGAAGCAAGUCCAGUCGGAGCAAGUCACCAAAAGAGCAACACGUGGCUCCAAGUCCCGCCCUCCCUCGCCAGUAGUCAAGUCAUCGCCAGAGAAACAGACCGCCCGACGAAAGUCCCGAGCCGACGAGUCCCCCAAAAAGCUACCAAACCUGGAGCACGAAAUCAACCAGAGGAAGGCGGCCAGCGGAAAAGCUACCAGCGCGUUGGACAAGAUGCUGGACAAGAAGCAGCAGCAAAUCAACAAUUCCACGCCAGCGUCGCCGCCCAGAAAGUCACUCACACCCACGCCUACGCCGCCUCCAGCUCGUUCGCCGCUGCCGGAGAAGCUCCAGCGGGAGCCCGAGCCAGUCGUCGAGCCCGAGGUGGAGACAGAGAUAGAGCCCGCAACGGAGGCUGGGGAAUUGCCCAUGGAUAUUGAUGAGGAGCUCACCACCGCUCCAACGCACACGCAGCUAUCGGCCAAUGCCAGCAAGUUGGCGGACAUCAUUGACGACGAGCGACCGCCUGCCGCUCCACUUCCUGCCUCGCCCACACCCACGCCCACCUCCAACGACGAGCUGUCGGAUGCCGGCAGUGAUCUCAGCGAGCGGUGUCGCAGUCGCUGGCGCUCGAGGCGUAGGAGGAGGAGACGCAGCCACGAGCCAGACGAAGAGCACACCCAUCACACGCAGCACCUCCUGAACGAGAUGGAAAUGGCCCGCGAGUUGGAGGAGGAGAGGAAGAACGAGCUGUUGGCGAAUGCCAGUAAGUAUUCGGCGUCAACGUCGUCUCCAGCAGUGACGGUUAUCCCACCCGAUCCCCCGGAAAUCAUUGAAUUGGAUUCGAACUCGGCAAACUCGGGAGGAGAUCAGCAGCAACAGCAGCAGCAGCAGCCGUUGCCACAACAGUUGAUGGUACACUCGCCCUCAAGCGAGGUAGCCUCUACCAUUCAGCAGCAGCAGCAGCCCCCGCCUUCGCAUCAGACCUUAAUCGACCAGUUGCCUGUGGAACACAUGGCCCCAGUGCUGACAACCGGUCCAGCGGCCCCUUGUGUCCUAGAGCCGAUUGUGGACACCAUUCUAGAGAUGGAGGACAGCAAAUUUGCGAAUAACUUUGCCUCGAGCCUAGCCAGCGUUCUGAAUCCACCCAAUCCCGGGCAGAUGAGUCUCCUUGGAUCGAGCCUGGACAGAGGCGAGCAGAUCUCCGAGGAGGAUAGUAUCCAGGCCACACGAAAUCUCCUGGAGAAAUUGCGCAAGACCAAGCGGAAGGCCCAGGACGACUGCUGCUCGAAGGAAGCCGUUGACUUGUUGCCUCCAACGCCAGCCAUACCGUCAGUGUUCCCCUUCCACAAUGCUGCUGACCCCGAGGAUAUUAUUCACGCCCAGAAGGAGCAGCAGCAACAACAACAGCAGCAACAGCAACAGCAGCAGCAACAACAGCAGCAGCAACAAAGCUGUCUGUAUGGCAACUCCUCGGGACCGAACUCUGUGGCUUCCCUGACGAUCAAGGAUUCGCCGAUGACAGCCAACAGUGGAAGCUAUGCCAACAGCUUAACGAACACUCCGAAUGCCACGCCCACGAACGCCACAAUGGGCAACAAUCUGGGAGCAAGCGGUGGCUACCAGGUGAACUUUGGCAACUCCCAGCAGGCGCCGCCCCUGAGCUGCUUCCUUGAGAAGUCGCCCCACCAGAAGGGAGGCUGUCCGCUCUCCAACAACGGCGGAGCAGUCCCGGGGGCCACUCCAGACUUUGUGGACCUGGCUGCGGCGGCCGUGAAGAAUAGUCUCGGAAGCUACCAAGCCGGAGCACCGGUUACGGCCCAGUCCGGGACAGGAAGCAACAGCAACAAGCUCAGCGACUACGACGAGAACACCCGCAUGCAGUCGCCCUUCGGCAGGAUGCAGCGCUGGAACGAAAACGAUCUCAUAGCAGCGCGGCGCAGCAGCUCCCCCAGCUCUGUCUCGGAGUCCAACGACCAGCCGCCAGCAACUGUGGCUGCCCGCAACAUAUCGCAGCUGGAGGGAUGCAAGACCUUCUUCAACAGCUACGCCAGUGGCAAUGGUGGCGGCGGGAGUGCUGUCAAUCCCACAGCCCCCUACAGUCAUGCUCCCCUGGUCAAUGGCAUUGACGGCAUGUCCAUGUUCAGCAACGCAGCGGCUCCGCAGCAACAAACGACGCCGACCCACCAGCAGCAACAGCAGCAACAGCAACAGCAACAGCAGCAGCAGCAGCAGAGGACGCCGAAUAGUCAAUUCAACGGAGGAAUCUAUCCCCAGCUGGCGGUGAUGAUGCACACUCAGUCAACGACAACGGAAUCGACUCCGAGCUUGUACGGCAAUGGUGGAGUGGGCGUGGUGCCUGGUGUUGGUGUGGGUGUGGGAGCUGUGCCGACAACACUGCCACUGGCACCGCCACCACAAGCACCCCAGUACUCCGGGACGCCGUACACGACGCCCAGCCUGGGAAUGCUGCCCGUUCAGCAGCAGCCUGUUGUUCCGCCCGUGCAAGUUUCGACUACCCCGAACCAUCAGUUUGCCCUGGCCUCGCCGGUAGACGGAAAGAUUCCCGCCUACCCUGCCCAUCCGGCUCACCCAGCCCAUCCCGCCCAUCCUGCCCAUCCUGCUCAUCCAGCUCAACUGCUUAGCAGUUGCGUGGAGGCAGCGGUUGUGUCGAUGAUGCCGCCAACGACGCCGGUGGCCGUGGCAGCCAAAGAGUCGCCGAACAAGAGGAGCAGCGCCAACAGCGGGAGUGCAGCGAAGAAGCAGCCAAACAAGUCCCCACAACUGCCGCAGGGGAAAUCUCCUGGAAAGUCGCCCAGGCAACCCGUGCAGCCGCAGCCGCCGACGCCUCCUGCGCCCGCUCCGGCCGUGGCUCUGCCGCCAUCCAAGUACGAUCCACUGACACACACGAUUCAGGGCAAGCCCCGACAACGCGCCCCGAGGGGAAGUGGCGGCUCCGGGGCUCCUGGUAGAGGCAGGGGACGAGGCAGAGGACGAGGUCGCGGGGCAGGGGCUGCCAGUGGUAUGGCCUUGCCCCUUCCGCCGCCCAUGUCGGAUUACGGAAGCAACACGCACAUAGUCAACAACCUGGUGGGCACGCCCUUCGAGUUCAACAACUACGACGACGACAUCACGGGACCAGGAGUGGAGAACCUGCAGUCGCUGAGGGAUCGGCGCAGAAGCUUCGAGCUACGAACCCCGCGAGGACAGCCCAAGCCCACGCCAGCGCCCACUGCAGCGACGACAACGAAUCCGCUGCUGCAUCCCGUGCUGCCAGGGCCCGUGGACAUGAGGACCUACAAUCUCGGAUUUGAGGCUCCGCAUAGCACGGCCUCCCAGGAGGCCUACCAGAACAACCUCCUGGGAGCCUUCGACUCCGGCACCGCUGACCAAACGCUGAGCGAGUUCGACGAGGAAGAUGAACGCCAGUUCCAGUCGGCCCUCAGGGCAACAGGGACUGGCACUUCGCCCAGCAAGCACCCAGCGGUGUCAGCAGCGCCAGUCGCUCCUGCUCCAGCUCCAGCUGCAAACUCUCAACCGCCCGCGAACCUGCUCCUGCACUCGACAGAGGCCAAUCAGAUGGCACCCAGUGUCGCUGCCACAGGAGGCGCCACCCACCUGAUGGAGGGAUCGUUGGUUGAGGCUUCCCUAGAGGCAACCUCGGAGGAGGUCUCAAUAGACUCGGACACGACGAUUAUGAACAGCAAAACGUCCAUUUGCGAUGCCCGCAACCAGCUGAAGCUGAAGAUCAAGAGCCCCUUGGCGUACUCCGGGGAGCACUACGGCGCGAUGGCGAACAGCCUGAGCAGCAGCCUGAGCCUCUCCAGCAGCACUCUGGUGCAGUCCUCGAGUGCUGUGCAAACCACGGUGUCCACCUCCACGGUGGUCAGUGCUUCCUCCGUGGGGAGCGGCAACUCGCGACGAAUGCGAAAGAAGGAGCUGCUCAGCCUGUACGUGGUGCAGAAAGACAACCUCAACGACGACAGCUCCUGCGGGCUUCCUGCGGCCUCCGACAACCUUCCCCUGGGCCCCGACUUCUUGCGCAAGUCUGAGGAGGAGGAGGAUGUGUCCACCGGCAAUGGCAACGGGUCCAAGAGGUUCAAGAAGAACUCCAGCAGCAGGGAACUGCGCGCUCUCGACGCCAAUUCAGUGCUGGUGGAGGACCAACAGCUCGCAGGCGUUUCGGGCGGCGGAGCAGGAACGGCGUCUGGCGAUGGAAGACGUCGCAGCGCGUGCAGCUCGGGAAGCAACAACGACAACAACGGCAAGACCGGCGCGGCCACCAGUGCAGGUAAGCGUCGAGGACGGAGCAAGACCCUCGAGAGCAGCGAAGACGAUCAUCAGACGCCCAAGCUGAAGAUUAAGAUCCGGGGCUUGUCGGGCAGCGAGGCAGUCGCGUCUGCGGGCAUUUCCAAUGCGGGCGACAGCAAGAGCUACAGCUAUGAGAUGACCCGCAGGGCCUGUCCUCCCAAGAAGCGCCUGACCAGCAACUACAGCACACCCACGCUGGAGGAGAUCAAGAGGGACUCCAUGAACUAUCGUAAGAAAGUCAUGCAGGACUUUGACAAGGGCGAGGAGAACAACAAGCAGGAUAGCUCCGGCCUACCUCUAGAUGGAGAAGCCCUGAUGCCGCAGCCUCCCAGCAAGCGGCCCAAGUCGUCAAAGCCGAAGAAGGACAAAAAGGAGAAGAAACGUCAAAAGCAGAAGCAGAUGAUCUUGAACAGUAGCUCAGCCACCACCACGAUGACCACCACGUUGAUUGAGAACACGGCCAGUGCCUCUCCAGGCGAUAAGCCAAAGCUGAUCUUGCGAAUCAACAAGCGCAAGACCGAGACGUCGGCGAAAAUCACGUGCUUGGAGCAGCCGCCGGUAAACGAGGCACCGCUGCGCCUGAAGAUAGCUAGAAACUUGUCGGGAGGAGGCUAUAUCAUCGGCGCUAAGGCUGAAAAGAAGGAAGAUCCGCCACCGGAUCCCCCACCAGAUCCAAACCAGCCGAAUGUGUCUCCAGCUAACGAGCUGCCGCUGAUGGCUCCUCUCGGGGAGACAUCGCCCCAAGGGCUGCUUCUCAACAGCUUUACGCCGCAUUCCCAGAAUGCGAAUGCCUCCCCAGCGCUGCUGGGCAAGGACAGCGGAACACCGUCGCCGCCCUGUUUGGUAAUCGACUCCAGCAAGAGUGCCGAUGUGCAUGACUCCACCUCGCUGCCGGAGAGCGGCGUGGCUGCCAUGGGUGUGCCUGCCUCCCUGGUAGGUGCCACCACCCCGUUGUGCGUGAACGUUGGGAACUAUGAGAACAGCAACAACUCGUUGCCAUCGGCCAGCGGCACCGGGUCGGCAUCCAGUAACUCCUGCAACAGCAAUUCGAACAACAACAACAAUAACGGCAGCGGAGGAGGCGCAGCCAGCGGAGGCGGCAGUUUGCUUCCAUUGAAAAAAGACUGUGAGGUUAGAUGAUAAUCAUAAAAGAGCGAGAGAAUCGCUUACACGUGUGUGUUUUCUAUCAGUUCCAUUCAUUUCAUUUUCUCCUUGUGUCCCUUUGUGUGAUUCCUCUGCCCCUGGCACUGGCCCUGCCCCUUUUGUUGUAAAUGAGCAUUUGUUUCCUCUCCUCCCGUUCCCUUCCACGCCCCUCGCAAACAUUAAAUUGUACAGUUAGUUUGUAAGCCUCCUUCCUCCCUUCUACCCUACUCCUUUAGUCCUCUGUCUGUAACACGUUUGUUGUAAUCGCAUGAGCGUAAACAAGAUAUUAUCAAUAUAUAGAUCCAUGUCUAUAUAUAUAUAUAUAUGAUGAUGAUGAUGAUGAUACCAAUACAUAUAUAUAUAUAUAGCAUUAUGUAUACUAAGGCCUCACUGCAGGAAACAAGUAAAGCUAAUUGUACAUUUUUUAGUAAAAGCAGAUUAUACUUUUAAGGUUUUGUAAAUUUCUGUAUUAAAGUUAAAAAACAAAACGCAAAACGCAAAUCGCAAAACGCAAAAGAAUGUGUAACCUAUAAAUCCAAAAAUGCUCUCGGUUUAGGUUUACGAAUGCCUCCAUUCACCCAAAAAUCCUUCCACUCCUACUCACUCAAAUGAUCGAUAAAACCAAGCAUAUGCAUAUAUAUAUAUAUAUAUAUAUAAAUAUAAAUAUAUAUAUAUAUAUAUUUAUAUAUAUAUACAUAUUCUAAAAACUAUUUAUUAAUAACUAUUUAAUUCAAAAGUGCGUAAAAUAAUCGUAAAAUAUUAGCAAAACAAAAAAACUGUUAAAAGCGUGCAAAAGUAACAAAAAAAAACAACAACAAAUGUAGCCUAUAGUCAUUAAUUGUAGUUCUUAGCGAAAAUCAAAGUCGGUAGGUAGUCCCUGACCGCAAUCUAAGUGCAUAUAACUCCCCUUCCUCAUCCCUCAGCCCAGCCUAUACCUAUACCCCUAUACCUGGGAUCCGCGCGUAACAGCCUUCUGCUGGUUUCACACGGGCCACCUGACGGUGCAGUAACUGCAUCGCCUCUUGAAAGAUGCAGUCAUUGCAUGUCAACGUCCAAAUUAUACCCUUAUACCUAUACCUAUACCUACACCUAUACCUAUACCUAGAGAGAUGAACAAGAAAUUAACAAUUUAUUAUCCUACCCAAUUCAAGGGUAAUGUUUGUAUUUUAGAAUGUAAGAGUGCGACGCGACGUAUCGAAAAGAAACUCCAAAUGAAAUAGUUUCUUUUAGUUUUUUUUUUCAUCGUUUUAUAAGUGUAAAAGCAAUAGUAACAUAGGCAAAAGUACACUGGCUUUCUAUAAGCAAAGGUCUGUUGCUAGAGCCAAGUCAUGAACACACACACACACACACACACACGCGCCCAAACACAAAACAAAAAACAAA